AUGUCUGCGGUUGUUGAAACAAGUUCACCGCACCUCCGGGUGUCGGCAGCCAAGGCAUCCGACAAAACACAGCCAGAGUCCACCAGAAUCCAGGCACCGGAGGCUUUAGUCGAGGACCAUUUCUUCUGGACAUACACCGAAGAGCCGCAUCGCUCAAGACGACAGGCAAUUAUCAAGGCCCAUCCGGAGGUUACUAAACUAUGUGGCCCCGAGCCUCUCACCAAAUGGGUCGUCCUCGGUGUCGUGUCCCUACAACUCACCUGUGCUUACCUCCUCCGCAACACCUCGAUGCUCGAUUGGCGGUUCCUGGUUACCGCAUACGUGGUCGGUGCGACUUGCAACCAGAACCUGUUCCUCGCCAUUCAUGAGAUUUCACACAAUCUGGCAUUCCGGUCUGCUCUCGCCAACCGAUUGCUCGCCAUCUUCGCCAACCUCCCUAUCGGACUGCCGUACAGUGCAGCGUUCAGACCCUACCACCUGACGCACCACAAGUCCCUCGGCGUAACAGGCCUCGACACCGACCUCCCCACAGCAGUGGAAGCCUUCUUCCUAAACUCCCUCCUAGGCAAGACCUUCUUCUGCACCUUCCAAAUCCUCUUCUACGCCGUGCGCCCAAUCAAACUAUGCGGCGGCAUGCAACCCGUGCUAUACUUCCUGCUGAGCUCAUUCCUCGCCGGAUCCCUGCACCCCUGCGCAGGACACUUCAUCGCAGAGCACUACUUCUUCUCAAACGUGAAGAGCGGCGGCACAGAGUCCCUGACAGAGCUGAAGAAGAACGAGAAGCCCAAGGCCCCCCACCCGCUUGAUUCCCUGCCUCCUCCGGAGACAUACUCGUACUACGGCCCGCUCAAUAUCCUCACCUACAAUGUCGGGUUGCACAACGAGCACCAUGAUUUCCCUGCUAUCCCCUGGACUCGAUUGCAUAAGCUGCAUGAGAUUGCGCGCGAGUUCUAUGAGCCGUUGCCUUGCCACCGGAGCUGGGUUUGGGUUAUUUAUACUUUCAUCUUGGAUAAGGAUGUUGGUCCGUGGUGUCGUGUGAAGCGUGAACAGGGUGGACGCAUUGUUGGUGGUGGGAAGAAGCGCGGUGGUGAUUCUGCUGCAUCUAAGCAGUGGAAUGGACGUGGUGGUGAGGGCAUUUCGGCUGCGUCGGCGGGUCCGGCGGGCGAAGAGGGUGAUGGGUGGAAGGAGAGUGAGAUUCAAUGUUAG